CCUAAACAAACACCCCGUGAAUAGUGAAUGCACUCCUCUUUUGGCUCCAAUUUCAACCAUCACUUUGAUCAAAACUCAAAAGAACCUUGAGGCUUGAGCGCAAUAGUGUAGGAGUGUUCCCUUCCGGCUUCCUCCACCCAACCCAGACACCCACCUUUGAGGCUCUUUGGUCUUUCCAAGCAUGGCAGAAAGCCGACCUUACGACCUCAUCAUACUCGGCGCAUCAGGCUUCACAGGAAAAUACGUCCUUAAAGAAUCCCUGAAAUUCCUGACUUCUCCGAAUUCCCACCUCAAAACCCUCGCAAUCGCCGGCAGAAACCCCACUAAACUCACUCAAUCUCUCUCCUGGGCAACCCACCCAAACCCACCUCCCCAAAUUCCCACUCUUACCACUGACACCGCUGACUUUAACUCCCUUAUCAAUGUCACGCGCCUCACGCGCCUCUUACUCAAUUGUGUCGGCCCCUUUCGCCUUCACGGGGACCCCGUUGUUCGGGCUUGUAUCGAAACCGGGACUGAUUACUUGGACAUUUCUGGAGAGCCUGAGUUCAUGGAGAAGAUGGAGGUACAGUAUCAUCAUCAAGCUGUUGAUAAAGGUUGUUUGGUGGUCUCUGCUUGUGGGUUUGAUUCUGUUCCUGCUGAGAUUGGGUAUAUGUUUAAUUCUCGUCAGUGGGUUCCGCCUUCGGUGCCAAAUGCUAUGGAGGCUUAUUUGAGUUUGGAGAGUGAGAAGAGGAUUGUGGGGAAUUUUGCCACUUAUGAGUCUGCGGUUCUUGGUGUUGCCAAUGCUGAGGUGCUUCGACAGUUGAGGAGAUCGUGGCCUAGGAAAGCUCGACCUCAGAUUCCAGGUCCUCCUCCUGCUAAAGGACCGACGAUUGAACAACAGAAAGAGCUUGGCCUCUGGGCUGUGAGGCUACCUUCAGCCGACUCUGCUGUUGUACGAAGAACCCUUUCUACUCUAACAGAAAACCGUAGUGGUCUUUUUGGGGUGAAUGAGAGUGCUGAUCAAGCUCUUAAGAGAGAAGCAUUUUGGUCCUCUGUGAAGCCAGCUCAUUUUGGGGUGAAGAUCGGCACCAAAUCUUUACUAGGCAUCUUGAAACUUAUCACCGUGGGUGUGUUUAUUGGGCUCUUGGGUAAAUUUUCUUUUGGAAGGUGGCUGCUUCUAAAAUUUCCUUCAGUUUUCAGCCUCGGAGGGUUCAGGAAGAAUGGACCCACUGAAGCUGAGGUUAGUAGUGCAAGCUUUAAAAUGUGGUUUGUUGGUCACGGCUUCAGCGACAGCAAUACUGCAUCCCUGGGAAACAAGAAACCUGACACUGAAAUUAUCACCAGAGUAAUGGGACCAGAGAUUGGUUAUAUAACCACACCAAUUGUUUUAGUUCAGUGUGCUCUUAUUACUCUAAAAGAGCGAGGAAACUUGCCCAAAGGAGGCGUGCUUUCCCCUGGAAUUGUGUUUGGACCAACUGAUCUCCAAGAACGGCUUCAACAGAAUGGAAUAUCAUUUGAUGUGAUAUCCAAACGCUCAUUGAUGUGAUGUCAAAACUUGCCUGAAAGAGGCAUGCUUUCCCCUGGAAUUGUGUUUGGACCGACUGAUAUCCAAGAACGGCUUCAACAGAAUGGAAUAUUGUUUGAUGUGAUGUCUAAACACGCUUUGUCUUCCUAAUUGGUAACCGUUUUCCUUCCCUUUUCACUUUCCUAUUUGAUUUGUAGGUUCCACAUCCUUUCUUUAUACAAUGUUAUGUGAAAGCAGAUGGCUUAUCAUCGAAGACACUGAAUUACUGAACUUGUUACUGUUGCACUUACUUUUUGUGUGGAUAUAAUGCAGUAGUUUGCAAAGCUUCAAA